AUGCGAGACCAGAUAGAUAUCAAGUUGGCAACAAGCCCCAACGACAUCAGCGCAGUGUCGAAUCUAGCCGCUGGAAUCAGCUCACUGGCGAGCACUCUAGAUAAGAAUGAUGAUGCAGCACGCCAUACCUUGCUUUUGAAGGCCCGAACGCUGGUUCAAGCGCUUGAGACGCCUAGAGAAACUAUGAUCAAGCACACAUGGGCUCAGCCUGGCGUCGCUGCUGGACUAAUUAGCGGCGUUGACACCGGCCUGUGGACAAUUAUGGCAAAGCACGUGGAUGAGCCACAGAAAGUCAACGACCUUGCCGACUCUUUGGACAUGGAGCCUCUAUUGCUUGAUCACGAUGAAUACAGAUUGACCAAUUUCUCAAAGUGCCUGAGCUUACCAGUGAUUGGGGAUGGCUAUCUGGCUCUGCUAGGUGGCACAGGGCGCAGUCCGGUCGAGUUUCACAAAUUCGCGCGACAUAACAACUGGCGCAACCCUACUGAUUCUGCAAACACACCUCUUCAGAUGGCUUACGGCACGGAGCAAAACUGUUUUGAAUAUCUGAGGUCCAUCGGAUAUGGUCAACAGGUGAACAAUCACAUGGGGGGUUAUCGCCAAGGCCGCUUGCCAUGGAUGCAUCCAUCCAUCUACCCAGUUGAAACCACUCUAUUCGCCGGAGCGGAUACUAGCCCAGAUACAACCCUGAUCGUCGACGUUGCCGGUGGUCUCGGGCACGAUAUAGCAGAGUUCCAGCGAAUGUAUCCGAACCACCCCGGGAAACUCGUUCUUCAGGAUCUUCCUGUAGUUAUCGCCGACGCUGAGAAGACGCUCGAUCCACGAAUUGAGUGUAUGGGGCAUGACUUCCUCGCCGAACAGCCUGUCAAUGGCGCACGAGCAUACUUCAUGCAUUCGAUCAUGCACGACUGGCCCGACAAUGUCUGCCAAAACAUUCUGGGGAGACUCGCUGAAGCCAUGAAGCCGGGAUACAGCAAGUUGCUGAUCUUUAAUUGCGUGAUACCCCGGACCGGUGCUUACUGGGAGAAUACGGCUGGGGAUAUCCUGAUGAUGACGCAGCUGCGCGCUCUGGAGCGCACCGAGGAGAACUGGUAUGAUUUGAUCGAGAGGAGUGGGCUUGGGCUGAGGAUUGUCAAAAUCUGGAGAUGCAAUCAGUCUGACGUGGAGAACCUGAUCGAGUGUGAGCCUGUGCGCCUCUUUGAAGCCAGGGAGGCAGCAGAGGUGGCGCUGACUCACAGCCGACAUUGGCCUGAAGCAUCGCUCGUAUAUCGCCCGGAGUGGGACCACCAGCAGCUGUGUGUUUGCCGCAAAGUCCGCUUGGCGCUGCUCGCCGUGAAUUGGACGAUGCAGGUUGCUCAGGUUAACGACUGGGCCGAAGGCCCCCGCUACACUACCACCGAUAAGCUUCCGGCCCCAUCCGCAGACGAGAUCCAGCUCCGGGUCUUGGCAGCCGGUGCCCACCAGGUCGUCCGUUCCCGCGCUGCUGGGAACCAUUAUUCGGCCAAGACCCUGCCUCACUACCCAGGCGUUGAUGGCGUCGGCAAAGACGAGACGACCGGCAAGCUCUACUACUUCAUGCACUUUGGAGACCGCUUUGGGAGCUUCUCCGAGUACGUGAAUGUGCCCAGAGAUGCCGUCGUCAUUUCCCUCCCGGAUGGGGUUGAUCCCGUGAGCUUCGCUGCCAGCGUCAACCCUGCCAUGUCGAGCUGGAUGGCAAUCACACAGCGCACGAAUGACCUACCCAAGAACUGGACCGCGCUCAUCAUUGGAGCAACGAGCGCCAGUGGGCGACUGGCCGUCCAUGCCGCCAAAGCAUUGGGCGCCGCGAAAGUGGUAGGCGUUGCACGCAGCGAGGAUGCGUUGAAGGCAGACAAGAGCCUCGAUGGCCAUAUUGCUCUGAAGGAGCCAGUCACGGCGACGGAUUUCUCCGCGGUCGACGCCGACGUCAUCUUGGACUAUGUCUACGGCGACGUCACGCAUCACCUGCUCACGACCCUGAAGACCAAGAAGCCCGUCCAGUACGUCCAAAUCGGCACUCUGUCCGGAACUGCCGAGAUAUCUCUCGCCGGUCCACUGCUCAGAUCCACCAAUAUUACCCUCAGGGGCGCUGGCCCAGGAAGCUGGAGGUUAUCCGCGCUGGAGGUGGAGCUGAAAACGCUCGUUCCCGCCAUGGCGAAGUGGCCCGCCUUGGACGCAGUGAACAUUCCCUUGGAGGAUAUCGAGAAUAAAUGGAAUGAUAGAUCAAUCAAGGGAAGGGUCGUCUUCACUCCGUAA